AUGCCUAGCGCCACGGGAGAAAACUGGGAGAAGUACAAGAAGAACUUUGCGGACGAGGAUGAACCAGAGAAGAAGAUCACACCUCUCUCAGAUGAUGACAUUGCGGUGCUCAAGACCUACGGCGCCGCUCCCUACGCAAAUGCCCUCAAGAAGCUCGAAAAGGACAUUAGGGACAAGCAAGCAAGUGUCAACGAGAAGAUUGGCGUCAAGGAAUCCGACACCGGUCUCGCACCACCACACCUUUGGGAUGUUGCCGCCGACCGGCAACGCAUGGCCGAGGAGCAACCGCUGCAGGUGGCUCGGUGCACAAAGAUCAUUCAGGAUGAGAAAGACUCGGACAAGAGCAAAUAUGUCAUCAACGUCAAACAGAUUGCCAAGUUCGUGGUCAACCUAGGGGAACGCGUGAGUCCGACAGAUAUUGAAGAAGGCAUGCGAGUCGGUGUCGACCGGAAUAAGUACCAAAUUAUGCUGCCGUUGCCCCCCAAGAUCGACCCCAGCGUGACGAUGAUGACGGUCGAGGAUAAGCCGGACGUGACAUACGGUGACGUGGGUGGAUGCAAGGAACAAAUCGAGAAGUUACGAGAAGUUGUGGAAAUGCCAUUGCUGUCACCGGAGCGAUUCGUUAACCUCGGUAUCGAUCCGCCCAAGGGCGCGCUACUCUACGGCCCUCCCGGUACCGGAAAGACCCUAUGUGCUCGUGCGGUCGCAAACCGAACGGACGCCACCUUCAUCCGUGUGAUUGGCAGUGAGCUGGUCCAGAAGUACGUUGGUGAGGGUGCCCGGAUGGUUCGCGAACUCUUCGAGAUGGCCCGUACCAAGAAGGCCUGCAUUAUCUUCUUCGACGAAAUCGAUGCCGUCGGUGGUGCACGAUUUGACGACGGUGCCGGUGGUGACAACGAAGUGCAGCGAACCAUGCUGGAACUGAUCACGCAACUGGAUGGAUUCGAUGCCCGCGGAAACAUCAAGGUCAUGUUUGCGACUAACCGGCCGUCCACUUUGGACCCGGCGCUGAUGCGACCUGGUCGGAUUGACCGUAAAAUCGAGUUCUCGCUGCCGGAUGUCGAGGGUCGGGCCAACAUCCUACGCAUCCACGCCAAGAGUAUGUCCGUGGAGCGGGACAUUCGAUGGGAGUUGAUCUCGCGUCUGUGCCCCAACGCCACGGGUGCCGAACUUCGCAGUGUCGCAACCGAGGCAGGCAUGUUCGCGAUCCGGGCGCGACGAAAGGUUGCGACCGAGAAGGACUUUUUGACAUCGGUGGAGAAGGUGAUCAAGGGCAACCUGAAGUUCAACUCGACGGCAACCUACAUGCAGUACAACUAG